AUGUCCUCUCCCACCUCCGACGCCAAGGACCCGCCCGAUCUCGCGCCACCCCUAUCUCGAAGCGUAACCCCCACGCCUGCCUUCUACUCGCUCACACCUAUAAUCUCCCGUAUUUCUGGCCGGACACACCACCACUCCUCCGAACGUGUGAAUGAUGGGUUCGACAAUUACCCGCCGCCGCUCCCUUCGGAUCCGGUACAGCUGCAGAGGGUCCUGACGGAUCGGCCGGACGUGGAGCGGCAGUUGAGCGGGGUGGGGCCGCCGCCUGAUGGAGGGUUUGAAGCAUGGGCGGUGGUGGCUUCGACGGUAUUUGUUCUUUUCUGUGUGCAUGGACUGGUGACGAGCUUUGGUGUCUUCCAGGCCAAAUACCUCUCGGAUCAGUUAUCGGCCUACACCCGAUCUCAAGUAGCGUGGAUCGCCUCGGUCCAGCUCACCCUCACAUUUGCCGGCUCCCUCCUUGCCGGCCGAUACUUUGACGCAAACGGGUGUCGCCUACUCGUCAUCCUCGGCUACUUUCUCUCUAUCGGCGCGCUCAUCGGCCUAGCCUUCUCGACGAAAUACUAUCAAUUUAUGCUCGCCCAUGCGUGCUUUGGGAUAUCCGGAUCCGUUCUCUACACCCCAGCGACGGCGGUGGUGGGGCACUGGUUUCUCAAGAAGAGGGGCACGGCGACUGGGAUCGUCAGUACGGGCGUCGGACUGGGCGGUGUGAUCUACCCGAUCAUGCUGAAUCGGCUCUUUGAUACUUGGACGUUCAGAAAUACCAUCCUGGUCUUGGCAGGAAUGAACGCGGUGCUCAUGCUCCCAUCAUGGUUCUUCCUCAAUGCGAGACUACCGAACAGGACGCCUCCACCGCUCAGGCAGCUCAAGGCGCCAUUCAAGGAGGUCAGGUAUACCAUGCUCCUCCUUGGUUCCGUCAUGGUCAUGAUGAGCUGGUUCGUCCCAUACUUUAACGCCCCCCUCCUCGCAUCCUCCAACAACCUCUCUCCAAGUCUCCAAUCAUACGCCGUGACGAUCCUCCAAGCCGGCUCAAUGACCGGUCGCGCGGGCUGCGGGUUCCUCUCGGACCGCCUGGGCGUCUAUCGCGUCUUUGUCACCUCGGCCAUCUGCUGCGGCAUUACCGUUCUCGCCUUCUGGACGGGAUGGCCCAUGCCUACGCCGGUGGUGGUGGUCGGACUGUUCAUCUAUGGGCUGGUCAGCGGUCCCUGGAUCGCGCUGGUCCCGACGGCGUGUGCGGCGAUCUCGCCAGUGAAGGAAUUGGGGAUGCGGGUGGGGAUGAUUUGGACAUUGUCGGGGUUUACGUUGCUCGCUGGGCCCGUAGCUGGUGGUCAACUGGUCCAAAUGAACAGCGGUCGCUUCACUUACGCCGGCAUCUUCUGCGCAAUCGCCUUCUUCCUUGGCGCGCUGCUCAUCGUCUCACCGCAGAUAGUGGAUCGGCUGAGAGACAGGAGGGAGAAUAUAGAGGCCAAAAGAUUGUCGACGGCGGCGCCAAGUGAGAGGUCGUCGGUGGAAUCGGCGACGCGGGUGUAG